AUGCUAACCGAAUCCCAGGUCUACAUCCACCCAACGCCAUCCGCAAAAGAUAACAUCCCCGGCUAUAUCGCGCUUCUCCAACAAAGAAACCAACACCGCGAUGACCGCCCCGCCUCCUCCUCCUCGCGGGAUCCGAGCAACACCCCGGCAUCCUCGGACCUCCUCCUCGCCUGGGUCCCCGAGUCUCAACUUGGCGAAGCAGCCAACCUCUACGUGAAAGUCGACCUCUGCGACGGCGACUCGCCACCCAAGCAAUCCUACCUCGUCCCUCCUCCGCCAACCGUCACUACGCACCGCGGCUCCGUCGGGCCCUAUGCCUUCGCCAUCCCCGUCAGCGCCAUCUACAGCCUGCUGAUCCGCCCACCGAGCGUGGGAUGGUGGUGGGGCAGCAUCAUUAUCAACAGCCGAGGUGGCGACAGUUUCCCGGCCCUUUUUUUCCAUGACAGCGAGUGCCAGAGUACCAUUUUGCAGAAGAAGAAGCGGACGGCCGACACUUUCGACCCCUUCGGCGAAGCGGGUCAGAUGUUCUGGGGCGGCGAUGAAGUGCUCCGGUGGCUGAGGCGGUACGUGCAGAUUGAGCGGAGCGGGGCCGAGCCGAAUAUGUACCUAGUCGAGCCGUCAAAGGAGGAUAGUGUUGCAUUUGGGGGGAAGCCUACAACAAAUACGGCGGCACAGGCGGGAUCUUCGCGUGGAGGGCCAGGCGGCGCCAAUGCUAAGGACCAGGACGCCGGCAUGGACCCGUUCGUCAAGCUGAUCAAGGAAGCGGGCUGGAAUCUGAUGGAGAAGUUCAGCAAGGUGACCACGUUUACCCGCCAAGCGGCCAACGAUGUUUUGGACAACCCGCGUGUGCCGCCGCAAAUGAGAAGGCUGCUGAGGAACCCGGAGGUGCAGACGUUGCAGGACGAGUUCGACAGCGCGAGGAUUUACCUGGCAAGGUGGGCGAUGGGUAUAGCGGAGCAGAGCGAUAGGGACAGGAAUAGGCGGAUAUGGACGGCGCGGGAUGUCAUGGAGCUGGAGGAUACGGAUGUGGGCGAGUUUGAGCUAGUGGAUGGGGCGAAUAGCUUGAGUCUGGAGGAGAGGAGGAGGGUUCUGACGCUAAAGGAGUGGAAUGGCUUCUUUGACGAGGAGACGGGGAGGUUGAGUAUUACCGUUGACGAAGUGAAAGAAAGGAUCUUCCAUGGCGGCCUUGAUCCUGAGGAUGGGGUCAGGAAGGAGGCGUGGCUGUUCUUGCUUGGGGUGUAUGAUUGGUACAGCACGGCAGACGAGCGCAAGGCACAAGCGGCAUCGUUAAGAGACGCUUACAUCAAGCUCAAGGGCGCCUGGUGGGAGCGGCAGGUUGAUUUGGGUGGUGAGGGCGAAGAGGAGAAGGAUGUUCAUCGAACAGACCGAAACGUCCCAAUAUUCGCCGGCGAAGACAUCCCCCACCCCGACCCCGACUCCCCCUUUGCCUCCACAGGAACCAACGUCCACAUGGAGCAGCUGAAGGACAUGCUUUUGACCUACAAUGAGUACAACAAAGGUCUGGGCUACGUCCAAGGCAUGUCCGACCUGCUCGCCCCCAUCUACGCCGUCCUGCAAGACGAUGCCCUCGCCUUCUGGGCGUUCCAGCACUUCAUGGACCGGAUGGAGCGCAACUUCCUUCGCGACCAGUCCGGUAUGCGGGCACAGCUCCUGGCGCUGGACAACCUGGUCCGUUUCAUGGAUCCAAAACUGUACGCCCAUCUCGAGUCGGCCGACAGCACGAACUUCUUUUUCUUCUUCCGCAUGCUGCUGGUGUGGUACAAGCGUGAGUUCGAGUGGGCAGAUGUUUUGCGCCUGUGGGAGGCAUUGUGGACGGAUUACCUGAGCAGCGGGUUCCACUUGUUCAUUGCGCUGGCGAUUCUGGAGAGACAUCGCGAUGUGAUCAUGACGCAUUUGAAACACUUUGAUGAGGUGUUGAAGUAUGUGAACGAACUGUCCACCACAAUAGACCUAGAAUCCACCCUCAUCCGCGCCGAAGCCCUCUUCCAGCGCUUCCGCCGCCUAGUUGAAGCCAUCGACAGGAAAGAUCACUUUCCCGGCCCCAGAAGGCCGUUAUCAACAGCCUCGUCCUCAUCGGUAUCAGCCGUUCUGGCAGACGCGGAGGGUUCAAAAUCAUCCAGUCCUCCGUUGCCGCCUCGGCCUCAAUCAGGGCCUAGGACAGCGUCUUCCCCGUCAGCAGCUACGACCAAGGAUAACAAGGGCAAGACUACGGCUACGGCGGAAGAAGACAAAGAGAUAUUAGAAAAGAUCGUCACGCCGGCGCUGAGGAAGCUGUUGAGUCGGGAGGUGGAGAUUAUACGGGCUCCGGCGAGGGAGGGGACUGGAUAUCCGACUAGGGAGCGUGCGUAA